UGACGUCACAGUCGUCGCUUUAAACGUAAACAUGAACCCUGAGGAAAACCUUUCUCAAAUACUUCUACAAGCCGACUGCGAGUUGAAAAAGCAAAAUUUCAAACAAGCCGAAGAGCUGUAUUCAAAUUUUAUCGCCUCCUGUCUGCACCAGAGGAAGUGUGAAUCUACGGAUUUGGCUACUGCGUACAACAACCGUGGGCAGAUAAAGUACCUGCGUGUGGACUUUAAUGAAGCAGUGGCUGAUUACACCGCAGCAAUAAACGCCGACAACAAGUUUGAAGUAGCUUUCUACAACAGAGGACUCAUUCACUACCGGCUGGGGCUUUUCGAAGACGCCAAGCGUGACUUCCAGCAAGCGUUACAGCUCAAUCCCGAUUUCGAAGAUGCCAAAAUAAGCCUGCAGCAGACACUUCUGGACCAACAGCACAUGUUAAACAGAGGAUACUAAAAAUCUGCAAUCUUCACCGAGUGCAUUUUUAGUACAGAUUAAACAGUCGGGCGCAAUAUGCUGCAGUGACAUCACGUCAAAUUAAGAUAUCCUGAUGCUUAGCAAUGAAUAUCAUUAGGAGAAAUGUAAAGGUGCAAUGAAAACAUGCACGUGCAAGAAUGAGUUUGUUACUGAGCUAGGAAUAAUGUGCAUGAAAUAGUUGGAGUUGAGACUUGUUGCAGCAGUCUUCCAUUCUACUUCCUGUGCAGUGCAUUUAAAAUCCAACAACAACAAAAAAUAUUGUGUAUAUUUAUUUAUGUUUGUAACAAUCAAUAAGUAAUAAAUGCCAUUUUACUACAUUACUGAUUGUGAUUUCUGAUUUCCCACUGUUCCAGUUUUUGGAAAACAGUUACCCUAAACUUAAAAAAAAGGGCUGCACAGAUGCAUAUAUCAAACUCACCCCUGCAAGUGGAUGCAGGUGGCCAAUCAGAGAUGCAGCUCACCUGUGCAGCUGAUUAAGUAUAUAAAACAGCUUCUCAGUUUCCAAGGGAGCAGUUGGCUUUUGCACUUCAGUUUUGGCUUCUUUUGGGCUUUGCUGGGGUUUUAGUGCCAAGCUUCUCUACUGUCUGGAUUCCUGUAGCCCUUGUUGGCUGCUUCUAGAUUGUAUCAUGCGGUGGUUUGAGAUCAUGUAA